CCACCAUCACCACUACAAAGCCUGUCUUCCUCAAAAUGGGCCUUUUCAAAAGCCUCUCCAUUUCCUCCUUCCUUCUCGCCACCCUCUUCUUCACCUCCGCCCAUGCAGCCAUUUUCAAUAUCCAAAACCGUUGCCCCUACACAGUUUGGGCAGCAGCUGUGCCGGGUGGGGGUAGGCGCCUCGACCAGGGACAGUCCUGGAGCCUGACUGUGAACCCUGGCACAACUGGAGGCCGUGUUUGGGCCCGGACUGGCUGCAGCUUCGAUGGCGCUGGGCGUGGGCAGUGUCAGACCGGGGGCUGCGGUGGCGUCCUAACGUGCACAGCCUAUGGUGCACCCCCCAACACCUUGGCUGAAUUCGGACUUAACCAGUUCAACAACCUGGACUUCUUUGAUAUAUCCUUGGUCGAUGGGUUUAAUGUGCCUAUGGCCUUUAGCCCUACCUCCAAUGGGUGCACCCGUGGGAUACGGUGCACGGCCGACAUCGUGGGACAGUGCCCCAGUCAGCUCCGAGCUCAGGGUGGCUGCAAUAACCCAUGCACCGUUUUCAAGACCGAUCAGUACUGUUGCAAUUCCGGGAGCUGUGUCCCGACAGAUUACUCAAGGUAUUUCAAGACUAGGUGCCCUGAUGCUUACAGCUACCCUAAGGAUGAUCCAACCAGCACCUUUACAUGCCCUGGUGGUACCAACUAUGAUGUUAUCUUCUGCCCAUAAAGCCUCUAUUAACUAUAGUAUGCAUGUACUCCCCAGUCUAAACUACUAGGGUGCUUUUGAGUCCAUGUUGAGAUGCAAAAGUCUAAGGAAUAAAUUUGAGCACAUGUAUGUGUACUGAAUGUGCUCAUGCAACAACUUUUCUACGCUAGUAGAAUAAAUGGAUGUUUUUAUGAA